AUGUCUACUCAGCAGUCGUUUCUCGGGUUGGAAGGCCACCACGUUUUCAUAACUGGGGCUGCGAGUGCCAUUGGGAGUGAGGCUGUUCGAGAGUUUCUAGAUCAAGGAUGCCGUGUCACGGCAUACGACUGCCACCCGCUCCAGUUAUCAGGAAUGGACGCGGAACGAUUCCCACGACUUCAAAUUCUCAAUGGCGAUGCCAAUGAUGAAAACUCAAUUCAGUCAGGGUUUUCAAAGGCCCAAACUCAGUUUGGAGUUACCAGCAUUCUGAUUGUCAACCCUAGCGAGGGUGAUAUCCCCCGUGACCAGCCAAUCUGUGACUUACCACUAGACAAGUGGGAGGAAAAUUAUAGUGCCCAUGUGCGCGGUACAUUUCUGGCCAUCAAACAUUUCUUGCGGCACAUCAAGGAUUACCAGGAGGAAGGGAAAGCGGAGCUUGAUAGUCCAGCGAUCGUUGUGGCAGAGGCCGGGAUUGCCGGGGGGCUCGAUGGAAAUUCGAGUCUGCACCAUGGUCUCGUCAACAAAGUCAUGAAUGAGAUCCUGCGUAUUAAUCAUCGCGGACGCAUCAAUGUUAUUAACUCGGCCAUCACUGCCGCAGAUACCGAACAGAGUAAUGGAGUGCCAGCUGCCGUAGCGCGCACGAUGGCUUUUCUGGCAUCUGGACGAGCAGCUGGACAGAUAUCUGGCCAAUACAUCCGUGUUGGGGGCAACAAGGGGCCCAGGCCAGAUGAUUGCAAGGAUAUCAAGGACAUGGCAACAAGAGAUCCCGAACACUCCAUUCCCAGAGCACUGGCAGCCCCCAAACGAAACAAGAUCCGAGUUGCAGUAUCGGUUGACCUGGACGCCGUUUCAGGAUGGCUUGGAACAAAUUCGCAUCCAGACAACAUUCUGGCAGACUAUUCGGCCGGCUUCUUCGCAGCGCGAGUUGGAGUCCCCCGACUCCUGCGGAUGUUAAAGAAACUAAACCUGGCAGAUCGCUGCACAUGGUUCAUCCCGGGCCACUCUGCAGAAAGCUUCCUCGACGAAGUGAAGCAAGUUGUCGACUCGGGCUGCGAGAUCGGGCUGCAUGGGUACGCGCAUGAGGGCGCGUACCAGCUCACCGUUGAGCAGGAGCGCGAUGUUUUGACGCGGUGUAUGGACAUCGCCAAAAGCCUCACAGGCAAAAAACCAGUGGGAUACAGGGCACCAUUGUAUCAACUGCGAGAGUCGACACUGGACUUGCUCGAGGAGUUCGAGUUCGAAUAUGAUGCCUCGCUAACAGACCACGACUGCCACCCAUUCUUCGCACCAAGACGACCACCACUCCACCCAAUCGACUUCUCGCAGCCUGCCUCGAGCUGGAUGCAUCCAGUUGCAGAGCCGCCAUCCUCGCCCGACCGCCGCCCGCUUGUCUGCGUGCCCUGCAACUGGUACAUGGAAGACAUGACACCGAUGCAGUUUCUGCCUCAUGCAGAUAAUUCGCACGGGUAUGUUGAUGUGCGGGUGAUUGAGAACCUCUGGCGUGAUCGGUUCUUGUGGAUUCUCGAAAAUGAGGAAGAGCCUGUGUUUCCGUUGCUGAUGCACCCGGACACCAGUGGCAUGGCGCAUGUUAUUGGGAUGCUAGAGCGUAUGCUGCGAUGGCUGAAGGAGUGGGAGAGAGGGGGGCAGGUGGAGUUUUUGCAGACGGGAGAGAUUGCGCGGUGGUGGAGGGAGAAAAACAUUCGAAAUUAA